AUUUUCUUUAGACGUUUCACCACUGCUAAGUGACGGUUCGUCCUCGCAGCUCCUCAAACUGGGCCGCUGGACGCCGGCAGCGUUCAUUGCCUCCUUGAACCUCGCCUGCUCGUGAACUCGUUCCUUCCUCCAGCCCAAGACGACCGCCCAACUUAGUUCUGCUCUCGCCUUCUCCUUUGGACUCCUAGAGUCCCAACCUACGAAUUUAAGAAGUUAAGAAGAUGAAGCAGAUGAAGAUCAAGCGAGUGAUGCAGUUUUAGUAACGAACGGGUGUCAUGAGAUUGGUCAGAUGAUUAUAAUAUCAUCAUUGAUAGUCAAAAGUACACGGGCUAAGUUGCUAGCUAAGGAUAAGAAGGCCGCUAGGGAGGCAUUUGGCGCUUAUAAUGAGCCACCUACUGGAGAUGCAAAGAGUUGGUUGUGCUUAAAGACAGCUCUUAACGGUGUUCGUGCACUUGUAUGCCCAAGUGAGGGUUUCGCACCUAACGCUCAGAGCACUAACGAUUUGCAACAUGUUACUAUAUUGUCAAAGGGUAGCCAGCCAUUCACUCCCUUUUCGCAGCUUCAUGAGCAAAAACUCCUUGAAUCCCAUUUAGUCUCUCUCCUCGAUGUCUGCAAUGGUCUACUCCAAAUCCGGCAAGUCCACGCGCAUGUGAUCCGAAGAGGCGUGGACCAGUGCUGCUAUGUUCUCACCAAGCUCAUUCGUACGCUCACCAAAAUCAACGUCCCUGUGGACCCUUACCCGCGUCUGGUGUUCGAAAGGGUCAAAGACCGGAACCCUUUUUUGUGGACUGCCAUGAUCCGAGGCUACUGCAUGGAAGGGUCAUUGGAAGAGGCUUUCUGGAUGUACGGUCUGAUGAGGAGAGAAGGUCUUUCCCCAGUUUCAUUCACUUUUACAGCAUUAUUAAAGGCUUGUAGUGAUGUCUUGGAGCUCCAGUUAGGGUGCCAGAUCCACUGUCAGUGUGUAAAGGUGGGCCGUCUCUCUUCCGACCUGUACACGAUGAACACUUUGAUAGAUAUGUAUGUGAAAUGUGGGCUCCUUGACUGUGGGCGGAAGGUGUUCGAUGAAAUGCCUGUAAGAGAUGCGAUCUCCUGGACUUCCCUGAUCUUCGCGUAUGCCAAGAGUGGGGAUAUGGGAUCUGCAAUGGAACUGUUUGAUGGUCUGCCUUUCAAAGAUAUGGUAGCCUGGACCACUAUGGUCACAGGCUUGGCCCAAAAUGGCAAACCCAAUGAAUCCAUAGAGAUCUUCUGCAGGAUGCAGAAUGCAGGAGUGGAGACGGAUGAUGUGACCUUGUCGGGCGUUAUAUCAGCAUGCGCUCAACUGGGCUCCACCAAACACGCCGAUUGGAUAAGGAGCGUGGCUGAGAGGUCAGGAUAUGGGCCCGCAAAUAACGUCGUCGUCGGUUCGGCGUUGAUCGAUAUGUACUCCAAGUGUGGUAGCGUUGAGAAUGCUCAUGACGUUUUUGAGAAGAUGAAGAUGAAGAAUGUGUUCUCAUAUAGCUCCAUGAUUCUAGGGUUUGCCAUGCACGGACAUGCAAGCCGUGCGUUAGAUCUGUUUGAGAGCAUGUUGAGGACAAACAGUAGGCCGAAUGACGUCACCUUUCUUGGUGUUUUACUAGCAUGCAGUUACUCAGGUCUGGUAGAACAAGCCAAACACUUUUUCCAUGCGAUGGAGAAUAAAUUUGGAAUCAACCCAGCUGUGAAUCACUAUGCCUGCAUGGUGGAUGUUCUUGGCAGGGCAGGGAAACUAGAAGAAGCACUGGAUCUCAUUCGGAACAUGCCCAUAAAGCCAAAUGGAGGUGUCUGGGGAGCCUUGUUAGGAGGUUGCCGGAUCCACAGCAAUCCAGAAGUAGCAGAGAUUGCUGCAAACCACCUCUUAGAACUUGAGCCAGACGGAAUUGGAAAUUUUGUCCUUCUCGCGAACAUCUAUGCUUCCGCCGGAAGGUGGGAAGAUGUGUUGAAGGUUAGGAAGAUGAUGAAAUCAAGAUUACUCCGAAAGAGCCCUUCACGCAGCUGGGUCGAAGGGAAAGAUGGGGAAAUCCGCGAGUUUUAUGCCGGGGAUUCGACCGACCCAAUGUCCUGUGAGAUUAUGAGAGUGCUUGAGGAUCUGGUUGUGCAACUUGGGUUUGGCGGGUAUGAACCGAACCUGAGUUGCGUGCCUUACGAUUUGGGCGAUAAGGAGAAGAAACGGAUUUUGAUGAGUCAUAGUGAGAAGCUUGCUUUGGGUUAUAGCUUGCUGACCAGCAGUUCGGUCUCCGAUAUUAAAAUAAUGAAGAAUCUCAGGAUUUGUGAAGAUUGUCAUUCGUUCAUGUCCGGUGUGUCUGGUCUGAGUGGUAGGGUAAUUAUCAUCAGGGAUAACAAGAGGUUUCAUCAUUUUCGUAAUGGGUUCUGCUCUUGUGGCAACUUCUGGUGAUGGAAUAUAGGAAACUCCCUUUUUGUUCUUGAUAUACUCUGAGGUGUUACUAUUAACUGUAGAGUAUUAAGUGUCCAAGUAUACCACACUUGCUGUAUUAAUUUUGUGCUUUAUUUUAGUUACUAGCUAACCCCAAUUUAAUCUAUGCAGCCUUUCCGGUUUGUAUACUUUUUGUUAGUAUUGAAAUGUUAAUUCUAUACUGUUUUUGUCCGUCUAUUUUUG